AUCAGAUUGUUCGACAUGACUACUUCACCCGGCUGGCCGCCUCUUGCUCAGGUAGACUGGACGUAACGUUACCGUUGAAAGUCUUCUCUCCUGACCUGCAGUCACCUUGCAUUGUCCAUCAUGGCGGUGAACGGCACGUCAGACAUAAUGAGCUCUGCCUACCUGGCGGUGGAGUACGUAGAUGCGGUGUUGCCAGAAAACCCCUUCCAGCCCUCCCUGAAACACGCCUGGGGCUACAUGCUGGAUAACUACACCAAGUUCCAGAUUGCCACCUGGGGGUCGCUCAUUGUCCACGAGUUCAUUUACUUCCUGUUCUGCCUGCCUGGUUUCCUCUUGCAGUUUAUGCCUUUCAUGCAGAAAUACAAGAUCCAACAGGACAAGCCAGAGACCUGGGAGAAACAGUGGAGAUGUUUCAAGAUGCUGCUGUUUAACCAUUUCUGUAUCCAGCUGCCGUUAAUCUGUGGGACUUACUACUUCACUGAAUUCUUUAACAUCCCUUAUGACUGGGACUCCAUGCCACGCUGGCCCUACGUCCUGGCUCAGUGCUUGGGUUGUGCUAUUGUUGAAGACACCUGGCACUACUUCCUCCAUCGCUUGCUGCAUCACCGCAGGAUCUACAAAUACAUCCACAAAGUCCACCACGAGUUCACCGCUCCGUUUGGCAUGCAGGCAGAAUACGCCCACCCUGCUGAGACACUCAUCCUGGGAGCUGGUUUCUUUAUCGGCAUCAUGAUCUUCUGUAACCACGUGUUCUUCCUGUGGGCCUGGGUGUCCUUCCGCCUGCUUGAGACCAUUGACGUCCACAGUGGUUACGACAUCCCUCUGAACCCACUCCACCUGAUCCCGUUCUACGCUGGGGCCCGAUUCCACGACUUUCACCACAUGAACUUCGUUGGGAACUACGCCUCCACCUUCACCUGGUGGGACAAGCUGCUGAGGACGGACAACCAGUACAACAGCUACAUGCAGAAACAGGGAGAAAAGAAGGAGCAGUAAACGGCGCCGCGCCUCUGUUCAUCCACUCACCUGGAUUGUCAGGAAGGAGGAAGAUGCAGCGAGUUGGACAGACACACAAACACACAAACAGUGCUGCUUUUCCCCACACACUAAAGGUGUACUGAUUCUGAAUCGGACUGCAUGUUGACUUCAGUCCGUCUCCUGUGCCUUUUGACAAAGUAAUUCUGUCUGCUUCUGUCAACGACUGCUGGCUGAAUAAAAAAAAAUCAACAUCCUCAUUUUGAUUUGUCACUUUGCUUGCUCAUUGAAUGAAAAAGAAUUUUCAACCGUAUGACUUUCUUGUGAAAGGCUUCCGUAUACCUCUGAAUCGCUGAGCACUUUAGCGCUUCCUCUUGAGUUACAGUGAGUCAGGGUGACAUUGUGUUUUAGCCGCAGCUCAGUGGGAACUGUCUUAACUCAAGUCAAGUGUUUGAUGCAAACCCAUGUACACUUUUUUAAUGAAAAGGGAUUGGCUCGUACGGCUCUUCCAGGUUGUUUAAGUAUAUUUGAUCUAAGACUGUACAAAUAAAUAAAUAAAUGCU